AUGAGCAAAGUCGACAUUGACCACUGCGUGACUCAUGCGCUGAGCACAAAAGUUUCUGCCCUGCGGCAGAUCCCCGUUUUUCAGCAAUGCAGAGACUCUAUUGUUCACAAAAUUGCUCAGCAACUGCAGACAAGAUUUCUUGAGCCGGGUGAGAUUGUUUGUCGGAGUGGCGAGGAAUCAGACCACGUAUUCUUGCUGGCCUUUGGAUCCGUCCAAGUUUGGUCUGACGGGCAAGAAUCUGCGGAUCUUUGCGACGCCGGAAUCAUUGGUGAUCCUCGGGUUUUACUUCAAUCAUGUGUGGAGAAUCAGCACAACGUGGUGGCAAAGACUUUCUGCCAGAUGCACAUGCUUACAUCUUCCCAGUUCAGACAAGUUGCCGGCAUCAAGGAUGAUGUCCAAGACCUGUCUAGAUGUCUAGAACAGUUGAAGAUCCCAUGGCCCACGACGAGGAAACCCUCCUUCCUACGUGCUGCAAAAGCACAGUUACGAGUCGUGCAGUUUGUCAAUGCGAUCAGUGCAGGCCGGAAGAAAGCUCCAGCAGUGGCUCCUCCACCGCGUCCUCCGGAGCCAAAGCCACAAGCGAAGAAGGACAGUGCCGCGAAGCGAAGGCAAACAGCGAAGCUGCAAACGGCGAAGCUGCACGGAAAGCUGAAGGCCAACAAGGACAAGCUUGAUGAGGGGAACGAGGAGAGGGAGACGAGUAGUGGACAGAAGGAUACCCUCACCUUUAACAGCGAGGCACAGAAGAUGGAAAUCUCCAAGUCCCUUCAAGCCAUCGACUUCUUCUCUACGCUGGACACCUUCAGCUUCGAGCGCUUGAUCGCGCUGUUUCAAAAGAAGUUUUGGAG